CUUCAUAUUUCUAGCUUCAGAUACAAGAAGGAUACAUGCAUACAAAUAGGAGGAAUAGAUUCAGUGGUUUAUAACCUUUUUUAUGAUACCUUACAAGAGACCUUUUGCAUAAAACAUAUUCCAGUUAUAUCAUAUUAACACUCAUAAGCAUAUUUCCAUAAAACAAAUGGAGUGCAAUGUCACAGUUACUUAUAAAGAAAGACUACAGGCACAGUUCAGUGACAUAAGCACUAAGCCAGGUUUAUUGGUGUCAAGACACGGUCCUAGCAUGCUGGCUCCCUUGUUACAGGUACGCUAAGACGUGAGUGCCUCGUGGCAAGGAAUGGCUCAGUCAGCAGCUGGACUAUCUGCUGCUCCUUCGACCAAACAAAGAAUUAAGGCGAAGUAUCCCUAUGUUUAUAGACUAAAACAAACAACUAACAUAUACAAUUUCCAUACUACCUUAUGUAUCUCAUAACAUCUGUUUGUUACCACCCCUUGUUCCUGAUUUAUUAGACAAAACAUCCCUAUUCAUUAUUUUGUCAAACCAUCUUAUCUUGUAUUAGAUUGGGGUGUAUCUGUACUAACUAGAAUAUAUUUACAUAAAUAUCUACGGCCUAGUACACUAGCAACAACUUUGCCAAGUUCAUGUACUGGACAGUGAACUUGAAAGCGUCUGCUUUAAUACAUGGUCUGACUUUGGUUCACGGUCUCUGGUUCAGGCUCAGAUCUUGCACCAGGACCAGUGCUCCAGGCUCUCUUUAUUAGAUGUGGCCAUGCAAAUAGCCACAUAAGUGUAGAUAUUUUAAAGUUGCUGCAUAAUUAUGCUUUAGGUUUUAUCUUUGGACACGAUUCCCAACUAGUGUAAAUGAACACAUCUCUACUGAAGCUAAUAGAGUUAUAUCAAUUUACACCAGCUUGGGAUCUGGCCCUAUAGCUUUAUGAGUAGCUUGAAGUAAACAUACUGCCUUCCUGGUAUGAAAUCUCCAUGGCAGUUGCUUGCCAGAUGGCUGAUUUGAAAACCAAAGCCAUGAGGUGUCAACUGGGUUAUGGCACAUUCAGAGCAGUUCAAUAGGAAAAUAGUUUUUCAGUGGAUGAGAAUAUUGUUGGGAGAGUUUGUAACUCAUGAGUCUACCCAUAUGUUCUGUUAACAAUUUGGGACCCAGGGGUUUGUUAUAUGUUUAUUUACAAUAACUGUUUAGUUGAGCUUUAACAUAGUUUGGGACUGAAUGCAAAAUUGGGGAGCAAAGCUAGGAAAAGCUUUGUCUAUGUAGCAAUUCCCCAUACAGUUUUGGAUCUUAUUUGUUCCCAGCUGAGUAUGUUUGCUAUAAUGCAGGUUGCUCGAUGGAUAACUCCAUUUCCCACCCCAGCUUAGCCCCAUCUGCUUUACAUAUGCCCCCAGCUGUACCUUCUCGGGUAACCAGAGACAGGCUACUUCUGCUCUGCACAUACAUCAAGAGACUCAGAGAGAGAGAGGAUGGAGCUUCCCAUGGAAUUUUAGCCACCAAGGAAGGGGAUUUAACAAGAUUAGAGCAGCUGCACACAGAUGGCACUCUGGGCUGGGACAUCACAGACUCCUUGGGAGUCGGCCUGGUCCACCAUGCCGCAACAGCGAGGAGCUUGGAGUGCCUGAAGUUCCUGGUACUGCAAGCCAAGAUUCCAGGGAAACAAACCAACAACAGUGUGAUUCCAGCACACAGUGCAGCAUCCACGGGGAACCUAGCAGAGCUGCAGUGGCUGAUCAGGGAUGGCAGGUACAACUUACAGGAGCAGGGUGCCUCGGGGUCCUCUCUAUUGCACUUGGCUGCUUGUUUUGGCCAUGCAGAGGCUGUGCAGUGGUUGCUGCAGGCAGGCUAUGAUGCAGCCAUGGAGAUGCACAAAGGAGCAGUGUCAGCACACUAUGCAGCAACCAAGGAGGACCUGACCUGCCUCAAGCUGCUGUUCGCUGCAGACCUAAGCACUGGUUCCCCCCCCAAACGUGGGAUCCGCUACCAGCACAUGGUGGCCGAGCUCUGGCCCAGCCACGACUCUGUCCCCAUGCGGGUGGAGCUGCUGGGCAGCGCGGAACGGGAGUACUUCCAGGUGGCGGUGCAGCUGCGAGGCGGCACGGAGAACACAGUCCCCUCCCUGGGCUUUGCGGCGCUGCUGGUGGCCGAGGUGGAUCAGUUCGUGCUCACCUCCCUCACCCCUGACAUGCUGGCGGCCGAGGACCUGGAGAGCCCCCUGGACCUGCUCCUCUUCAGCCUCACCAUGCCCUGGCCCAGCCCCAGCGAGCGGGAAGGCGAGGAUCUCCAGCUGCGGGGCUACCUGCUCAGCACCGACGAGCCCAGCCGGCCGCUCACCUCCUCACACACUCCAGGAGCCCCUCUUGCUGCUGCCACAGCCUGGUCUGCUCAGCGGAGGACUUCUAGCAGCCAGGAGGGUCAAAUGGCCAAGAUCCCAGUAAUAAAGAGCCAGCACAUUGGUGACUACUACCGACCGGAGAGUGGACAAGCACGCCUCAGAAUGUCAAGUGAGGCCAUCGCGAGGAUGGAGAAUGGCAAGGCUCAGGCACCAGUGAAUCCUCUACCGAUGGGAGUAAGCCACACACUAGCCAUGGUGAAAGAAGGAAUUAUCCACACACACCAGAAUAUAGCCACCACAAGGUCCUUCAACAUGCUGAAACCCAGCGAGCCCAGCAAACCACUCAUAGCAGAGCCGAAGCUCAGCAAAUCCCUGCAGAAGGCCAGGAUCACAGCUUUGUUCGCACACUCCGGCGAGAAGACUGCACCAGCAGAUCCUGUGCAGCGCAGCUGCAUCUCCCCAACACUGGAUGAGCCGUACCCAUCAGAUCUCGAUGCCAUGGUGCCCACCCAUGAUGAACAAGGCCACUCAAUUCCCGAGUGGAAGCGGCAGGUGAUGGUGAGGAAGCUGCAGGCUCGGCUGGAAGCAGAAGAGGGCAAGGGCAGGAAGAGCAGUGGAGGCAGUUCGGUGGAGAUGGGGGACUGGAGGUAUUCACAGGCCCACAAUGGUAUACUGGGCCCCUUCGGGGAGCUGCUGACCGAGGACGACCUACUUUACUUGGAGAAGCAGAUUGAGAAUCUGCAGCUGAGGAAGAGAUGUCAGGAGUGUGAGAGAGAGCUGGGGCGCCUGGUGGAGGAGCUGCAGACCAUCCUUCCUGCCCCCAUUGUCCAUAUCACCGUCAACAGCCAACUCCUGCACCAGGAUGGCCAGGCACUCCCUAUCUGGUGCAGCCGCAUCUCUGGCAUGGUGAAGAGCAUGUCUGUGCUGCUCACUAAUGUAAACGGCCUGAGGAAGGAAGCGGAGACGCCAUCCCCUAAAGAACCAUCCAGGCCUGGUGAGGGGAAGUGCCCUGCUGGAGGCAGUGCAGAGAGGGAGAUCCUGGAGUGUGGCGUCUCUGUCAGGAAGCUGAGAGGUAAUUUUGAGAAACAUGUUCUCCCAGGACAAAGAAUGGCCUUGGACCGCCGAGGGGUGGAGGCUAUGCCUUGGGAACACUCAGGAAGGUGCUGGUCAGGCGAGGAUCUUAGCCAGAGAAAACUAGUCUGUGAAGAACAUGCGUUUGGAGAUAUGGAGAAUGCCAGUGACUCUGGGAUCAGCUGCAAAGAGGCUUCCUCGGAUGUGAGCAGGUCACUUGUUCCAGUGGCAGAGCCCACUAGCCUCAGGAAAGAACGAAUAGUGAUGCUCUUUCUGAGCCACUGGAAGAAAUCUGCUUACAUGCCUUCCUUGAAAAUCACGGCCAGAAAAACGCUUGAGUCCCAGAGAGUCAGGAAAAUAAGAGAGGUGGAGGCUGCUGCCGAGGUCAGAAAGGAACAGAUUCCUGAGGAGAAGCCAGUGGUGGAAAUGAGCAAACUGGGCUAUUUAAUUCAGCAAAGGAGCACUAUCAAGAACCUGAUUGGCAACUGGAAGAACAUCAUCUCUCAGGUGCCCUCACGACAGAUCCAGUGCCUGAACCGCCAGCAGGCUAUCUAUUCCCCAGAGCAGUUCCUGCCCCACGUCAAUGGGGUGCCCACCAAUUACAACAGCCUCACCCUUGACCUCUUUAUGCUUGGUUACUUCCACAUCCUGGAGCUGGACCUUCCUCAAGAGGAACGCAAGAUGAGGCACCUCCUCUGCUUCGAGGUGUUCGACCACUUGGGCAGAUACCCCUGGGAGACUGUGCGAGCCUUCCACAAGGCAGUGACUGAUGAAAUCAGUGCUGGCAAGCGAGGCUGGAAAGACAGUUUUGAGGACAUUAAGUUCAGGUUUUUUGGUAACACCAAGAACCCAGUCAGGGAGCUGGAACCAAGCAGAGCAUCAGCAGAAAGCACUCUAAGGCCAGUGUCCAGAGUUAGGGUUCGGAGCACUGCUCUUGAGCAGGCUGGACACGAUCCAGGAAACUGUUCUGAGGUAGGCAGCUUCAACAAUGAUGAGAUCUGCAGGUACAUUGACCGCAGCUUUGCCUUCUGGAAGGAAAAAGAAGCCGAGAUAUUCAACUUUGAGGAGUGA